UCUUGUAACCUCAUUAUUAAAGGGAUAAUAACUAUUCGUUUCGGCCAAAAAAUGAAUUUUCCUGGAGUAAACAACAAUUCUUUUUCGUAAGAAGAAUUUCGUUAGUCUUAACUGAGAUCCGGUUGCGCGCGCAGGGCACUUUAGUUUGCACGCUAGUUGAAGCAAGGAGUCUUGGUGCAAUACUCCUUGGUUGAAGGGCGAAUUUGUCUAGUGGCGCCGAUCUUUUUCACCGAAACGUGGUUUUGGGUGAUUUUUAUUGUGCACGUGGUGCAUGCUAUAUCGUUAUAGACAGUGGUCUUGCCGUUUGCAACGGUAUUUGGCGCAAUUUCAGUCAGGUUUCGUCGUCUGCUUCUGGACACGUGGUGUCAUGGCGGACGAAACUACAUGUAGUACCAUUACUAAAAAUGGACCUGAACACGUGAGUGAUGGCAGGAAGGGUAAAGGGAAGUCGGCUUCAAAAAACCCUAAGUCUGUAGAGAAAUCCUCGUCAGAGGAUAAUAUUAUGUCAUUACUUGUAUCUUUAAAAGCCUCUGUGGACGCUCAGGACGGCAGGUUAGAGAACAUCGUCAGCCGUAUUGAUAAUAUGGAGGCGCAAUAUUCUCAGUAUGACGACGAAGUUUACGUCGAUAAUGAAUGUGUUGAGCCGGAGGAGGCAGGCACAUCGGGUGAAAAAAGGAAGUUGGACUCGUAUCUUCCCGACACGGAAGACAACCUGUUUAAGCACAUGGCCAAGAAGUUUAACAUGUCGGAGGAAAUGGCCGACAACGUGGAUGAUGUGCUGGCCAAAACUGUGAACGAUCUUUUUAUGAAUGGCCUGGACGAACAACAUUUAAACGAGUUGAUAAAACAGAACCACAGGCCAGGUAACUGUGAUUACCUGCAAGUCGUGAAAACCAACCAGUUGAUAUGGGACCAGGUCCCAGGUUGGACCAAAGCAAACGAUAGGAAAAUGCAAAACAUAGCACAUACUUUGGUUAAAGGUGCAAACAUUUUAGUUAAAACUGUAAACCAGAUGGCCUUAUACGAAAGGAAUCCAGAAAAGGACACGAGUGAUCAUAUUGGCAGCAUGAUCGAAAACUGCAACGAUGUCCUAGCACUCAUGGGACAUAUGAACAGGCAGAUAAAUAUGACAAGGAAAGAUUUUUUGAAACCGCAAUUGAGCGGAGAAUAUGCUCACCUCUGCAGUCAUGAGCUGACUUACAGCCAAAAAUUUUUAUUUGGAGACGAUCUUCCCAAAAUGGCAAGGGAUAUAGAGGAUUGCUCAAAAAUCAAACAUAAAUUGUUUGACAGAUCUCUCAGAGGACGUAGAGGACGUGGUGCCAGAGGCCGUGGAUCUGUGUACAGAGGUGUUAAUCGACCUACUGGAGGGGGAAGACCCAGAGUGUGGCAGGAUGAUCCUGGAGCAGGGCCUUCUUUUGCAAAAAACUAUGUACGCAGGGGACAGAGGAAUCUGCCCAAGCAAUAAAUGAGCAUUUUAAGAUGGAAACCUUUGAGAAAACCCUACCAUUGAUAACCAAAAAUGUAAAAAUGGGGUCUGUCGAUAUCCGUCAUGCUUAUUAUUCAAUUAAACUUGCAGAUGAACAGCAAAAAUUUUUUAGAUUCCAGUGGAGGGAUAAAAUCUACCAAUAUACCUGCUUACCCAAUGGGGUCAGUGAAGGCCCGCGAUUGUUUACAAAACUUCUUAAACCAGUUUUUGGGAAACUGAGAAGUUUAGGUUAUGUUAGUUCAGGGUACAUUGAUGACAGUUUAAUAAUUGGCUGUGAUGAUUUAGAAUGUACGGAGAACUUAAAUGCAACAGUUACACUUCUGUCCAAAUUGGGUUUCAUCAUAAAUGAAGACAAAUCAGUUUUGAGACCAACAAGCAAGUUAAAAUUUUUGGGAAAUGUUAUUGAUUCUGACAAAAUGAUAGUAACACUGCCACUUGACAGGCAGGAGAAAAUAAUUUCUGCAUGCGAAGAGUUGUAUAAUGUUUCAAAGGCACCUAUUAGACAAGUGGCGAGAGUCAUUGGGUUGUUAGUAGCAAGUUUUUCAGCUGUGGAUUAUGGCAAACUGUACUAUAGGAAGUUAGAAAGAGCAAAGAUUAAGGCUUUACAAGAAUCGAAGGGUAACUAUGAUGCACCCAUGAUAAUAUCAAACAGUAUGAGGUCAGAUUUAAUUUGGUGGAUUGUCAACUUGAAAUCCCAGCAUAGGGUUAUUGCUAGACCAAACCCCUCAGAGACUUUACAUACAGACGCAUCCACUUUAGGUUGGGGUGCAAGUUAUAAAAACAAUAAUAUUGGAGGUAGAUGGACGGAUGUAGAGGGUAAAUUGCCUAUUAAUGUAUUAGAAUUAAUGGCCAUUUUGAAUGCACUCAAGUCCCUCAAACGUGAUCUUAAGUCAAAGCAUAUUAAGGUGAUGUCAGAUAACACUACGGCAGUGUCAUACAUUAACAACAUGGGAGGCACAGUUUCUGAAAACUGUAAUAAAGUAGCAUGUGACAUAUGGAUUUGGUGUAUAUCACAUGAUGUCUGGUUAACAUGUACACAUAUAGCUGGCAAAAAUAAUGAGGCAGCAGAUAAGGCUUCCAGAGAAUUCAAGGAUGAUCUUGAAUGGAAAUUAGACAGCAAGAUUUUUCAUAAGAUAUGUAAUUUUUGGGGAAUCCCAGAUAUAGACUGCUUUGCAUCUAGAAUAAAUGCUCAAGUAGAAACAUAUUGUUCAUGGAAGCCUGAUCCAAACUGCUCUUUUGUUGAUGCUUUUACCAUUGACUGGGAAACUUUUAACUCAGUUUAUUUGUUUCCACCUUUUAGCUUACUGGGAAACUGUGUGCAGAAAGUCAGACAGGACAGAGCCAAGGGAAUCAUUGUAGCACCAAUGUGGCCCACACAAGCAUGGUUUCCGAGACUGAUGGAAUUGUUGGUGGAGAAACCAGUCAUAAUACAGAAAAAGAAGAAUCUUUUAAGACUUCCUCACCUGCAGUUGAAACACCCUUUGGAAGGGAAAUUAAGACUGAUUGCUUGCAAAGUGUCAGGAAUAGUUUCAGAGAACGAGGAUUUUCAGAGGACUCUACCAAAAUACUUAUGUUGUCUUGGAAAACAGGGACACAAAAACAAUAUAACACACACAUUAACAGGUGGUUUCAGUACUGUAGUAAAAGGACGAUUACUCCACUUUCGCCAACUUUGGAAGCAGUAAUCGAGUUUUUAACUGAACAAUUUAAUAAAGGUUUGGGUUAUGAGAGUUUGAACACUGCACGUGGAGCUCUCUCAGCUUUAGGAAUAAACUUUGAUGGAUUCAGAAUUGGAAAUCACCCAUUAAUUAUCAGAUACAUGAAGGGUGUGUUUGCAGCCAGACCAUCACAACCCAGAUACACAGAGGUGUGGGAUGUUGAAAGAGUAUUGACAUAUUUGAGGAAACUUUCUCCUGUUAAGCAUAUAACUCUCAAAGAUUUGACAUUAAAGCUAGUGAUGCUCAUGGCUCUGACUCAAGCUGCACGUACACAAACUUUGCAGUUGUUAAGUUUUCAAGGUUAUAAAAAAUUGAGAACUGAGUUUUUGUUCAAGUUAGAUGGUUCUUUAAAACAAAAUAGGCCAGGUUAUAAUGUUGUUUCAGUAUCUUUUAAGGCCUACCCUCCAGACAGGAGGCUUUGUGUGUAUACUGUAUUGAAGGAAUAUUUGUUUCGCACGAAAGUCAUGAGAAAUGACAAGAACUGUGCACGUUUGUUAAUAAGUUACAUGAAACCACAUCAUAAUGUCGCAAGAGACACAGUAGCAAGAUGGAUAAAAACUGUUAUGAGUAGAGCUGGUAUAGACACUUAUACAUUUAGCUCUCACAGUGUUAGAGCUGCAGCUACCUCUAAGGCAAAAGCCUCUGCAGUACCUAUAUCAGUCAUUAUUGACAAAGCUGGUUGGUCUAAGAAAAGUACUUUUGCGAAGUUCUAUGACAAGCGCAUUGUAAGUAAUCAAGACAGAUUCCAGGAUGGAGUUCUGGGUAAAUAAAGAAUCUUUUGAAAUGAAUGAAAUGUUUGUCACAUCAAGCUUUAAAGUCUCAGUUAAGACCAACGAAAUUCUUCUUACGAAAAAGAAUUUAAAAAAUUAAACGAGACUUACCUUGGUUAAGUUGAAGUUUGAUUUCAAUUCUUUGAGUAAAGAAUUGAUGGAGGGCUUAACUGCCACCCUCCCACCCAACUUUGGGUUACAGCUCAUUGCUUGUAUUAUAGAGGAAGAGAGCUGUGGGGAAUUAAUGUAAUUAAUUCCAUGUGGUUAAUGUGACAAAACACUUUGAAAAGUGCCCUGCACGCGCAACCGGAUCUCAGUUAAGCCCUCCCUCAAUUCUUUACUCAAAGAAUUG